AUGCUUGGACUGGCCUGCUACCUUCUCUGCGAACUUGGUGUAAACGGAGAAGCGCAAGAUGGGCAGGUUGUGGUGCAUUUGAAUGAUGAUCAUUUGAUUGUUUGCUUGCCGCUUCUGGAACGCGGGGAGGCUCAACAGGCACAGUUUGCGCUGCCGGGUCUUUCUCAGCCGGUCGCAUGGGCUAUGGCAAGGAGCGUCGAGCCCUCUCCGGGAGAUGUCAUUGUCGACCCGAUGUGCGGGUCUGGCAUCGUACUCUUCGAGGCGGCGCAGUGCUGGCGGGGCGCGUGUUACCUCGGCUUUGACGUGGAUGCAUCGCAGCUGGAGCGCUCCGGCGAGAAUCUGGCAAUGUUGGCUCCUGAAGUGGCCGCGAGCCUUGCUUUUGCGCGCGGCGACGCCCGCCGGCUGCCGCUCUCGGGCUCCUCCGUUGAUGCUGUGGUCUGCGAUAUGCCCUUCGGAAAGCAGUACGGCACCGAAGCAGACAACUUGGAGCUGUACCCUGCUGCCGUGGCAGAGUUCUGCCGAGUGCUGCGCCCAAGCGGCAGGGCUGCCCUGCUCACAAACCAGGCCAAUGCUGGACGGCUUGCAGAGGCCUUGGCUGCAGGACCUUGGCACGUACUGUGCCGGCGAAAGGUGCUCUUGGGCCACAUGGAGGCAGUUCUUUUCCUGGCGAUGCGUGCCGGCGAAGAUGCGCCAGCAUGCGAGCAGCUCGAAACUAAGGACUCCAUGCGGCUUCCGUGGGAGGACCAGAACGGGCGUCGAACGUGGUCAUCCAUGAAAGCUUCACUCCGCCAGCCUAUGCGAGCAGUUGCGGGCGGCAAGAAGAGCCGGAGGUGA